AUGUUGUCGACGUCGGUCGAGCAGUACUCGUGCAGCUUCACAUGGUGGCUGGCCUGUUCCUCUGCAGUGGUGUCAUCAUUGUUGGCGUCAUCAGCCAUCGGCAUCGGGAGUUGCCCUCGGGGCGGUCAGGGCGCGUCAGACGAAGAAGGGAAUCGACAUGCCGCCGUUGACGUCGAGCAGGAAGGUAGAGUGCCAAAAAUAGAGCAGAACGGCCUCGAACGCACCGAAGAUGAUCACUGCUACGUCCACAGAACACAACACUCCAAGCUCAUAUGCCUUCUUGAACAGCCCGUCCUUCCGCUGCACGCCAUGGGCAAUUUUGACGCGCCAGCCAAGAAUAUGCAACAGACAGACAGCGCAGCACAGCACACAGAGUGGUUACCGACAGCCGACAGCGAAGGAGAUAUUAAAAAAAUAGGUGUUAGCCUCCGUCGAAAUAAUUAUACUCCCGCACAAAGCGUCGCAAAAAAACUGAGAACACAACUCGCCUUGAGAAAAGUUACUGAGCGGUUGCGCUCGUGCUACCGGCGCCCGCGAGAGAAAAUAGAGUCAGCAUGGCGAACUGAAUUGCGCGAGAAAAUAGCACGGGGGAAAGAGAAAGACGGGACGAUGGAAAUAGGCUAG